AUUCACAUCCCUAGCCGGCCCUAACGCUGAGGAUCCGCUGGGCCUUCCUGUCAAGUCUCCUGAGAGUGAGCAGAUUUCACCAUGUGGAGAGACCCAUUCAGAAUAAUGUUACAACAAUCAAGACUAUUUGGCUGCAUUUUUAUGGUUGGUUGGGCAAUGGUCACCACUGCCAGAGCUGAGGUGACGCUUCCGGUUACUGGAUUGCCAGUUGGCAACUGUGAAGCCGUCUCUCAGGAAAUCCCGAAGUGCCUGGGGCAGGGGGCAGGGGGACUCUCCGUGGAGCAGAUUGAGAAGUGCAUUCCCAGCAGUGGCCUGCCUGCCUGCCUGCCUGCCUUGAGUGAAGUUCAGGGCUGGAGCCCUGAACAGGCUGAAGCCAUUCUGAACAAACUUUUUAGUUCCGGAUACCAGAUUGUGGACGGCAAGAGCCUUGCAGCGCUUGGGAGCCUGGUGAUAGGACUGAGCCCCACUAGCCUGCAGUCAAUACCUGCCCAGGUGAUCUUGGAUGCUGUUAAGGUCCCAGGCUUUGCCAAACAGCUGAGGAAUGCACCACCGGCUCUGAAAGCUGCAUUUGUGGAAAAGAGUGCAUCACGCAGUUCCCAUGUGCCAACAGCACAGCUGGCAUCUCUUGUGAAAAAACUCCAACGCUCCAGGCAGAAACGUAAUACAGGAUGCCCCCCUGAUAAGAUCAUAACAAAGGAGGUCCUCGAAAACACGCUGAUGCCUCUUGAGUACACUGACAACGAGUUGCGCCUGUGCUUAAGCCCCUCAAUGGUGGCGGACAAUCUCCAUAAUUUCUCAGACUAUCCUUUCACUUUGGAGCAAUUGGCAGUUCUUAAGGAAAAGCUGGAUGAGGGUUAUCCAGAUGGAUAUCCUGAUUCGAUCGUCCGUAACCUGGGAAGCAUGCUUGAGAUAAUGACUCCCGAGGAGGUUAAGAAAUGGAGAUUCAACUCAGCAGAGACCCUUGCCGCUUUGCUGGACAGCUCACCUGAUGACAAAAUGGCCAGUGCACUUAUUCAGCAAUAUGCCAGCUCUGGAGGCCAGUUUGAUGCCACUGCUCUGAAUGCACUUGGGGCAGGAUACAUCUGUCUCCUGACCCAAGGACAGCUCAACAUGAUCAAGGAGGAUGCCAUCAAGCUGGCCAAACCUCCCAAACUUGACGAGUGUCCCCAGUCUAUCAAGGAUAGCCUGUAUGCCAAAGUCAAGAGGGCUUACUCUGACCAACACAAUCAGUUCCCGGAAUAUUAUAACUCCAUCAAGCCAUACCUGGGAGGUGCUCCUGGUGAGGAUUUGAGGGCUCUUCGCAAAAAUAAUGUCAAUAUGGACAUUGACACUUUCAUGGGCUUGUGGAAAGGCGCUGUGAUGGAACUAACACCCACUGAUGUCAAACUCUUGCUGGGAAAGAAUCUAGGGGACCUGAAGGCUCACCAGUCUGACCCUUUUAUAAGAGACUGGAUCAUCAGUCAGAAGCAGUCUGAGCUGGACACUCUGGGCCUUGGGCUCACAGGGGGACGACCUGAAGGAUACAUUGUCCUGCCUAGAGAUCCAAAAACCAACACAUCAAGAGCUCCCCGUGCCAUCAUUGCCCAUCUCCUGCAUGUCUUCCCUGCAUGCCUUCUGAUUCUGUCGCUGAAUUCUAUCCUUUCAUGAAACUCUCCUGCUCUAAACAAACAGAAGACAGGGAGUGUUGUGAUGAUGACCAAGCUCUUUUUGCUGCAAUUUUCUAUGAACUCUCAAAUUUGCCUGUGAUGGGAAGACGCAGAAAUGCCCUUGGGGAAGUGGACGAGGAGAUUUUUUUAAAAAAAAACCUUCUGCCAACCAUGUGUGGGAUGCUUAGUUUGAAAGGCAAAAGUGUAGUUAAGCAUGUGCAGAGUGCCUUUGCUACUGAGGGUGUGAGGAGAGGGAGCAUAACUCAGAAUGGGACCAUGUGCCAUCUGUGCAGAAUGUCCCGGAAGGCUAACUGAGCAUGCACAGCAUGCCUUUGUUUUUUUCCCACUGAGAAAAGGGCCAUAGUUCAGUGGCAGAGCACCUGCUUUGCAGGCAGAAGGUCCCAGGUUCAAUCCCUGACAUCUCCCUGUAGGGCUAGGAGAGAACCCCUGCCUGAAACCCUGCAGAGCUGCUGCCAGUCAGUGCAGACAACAGUGCACCAAAUGGACUAGUCCUUCCUCUGCCAUUGGAAAACCCGGAAAGGGGUGGGGGUUCAAUCUGCAGCCAUUGGGAUUUUGUGCAACAUAGUGUUGCAUACUUCUCAGUUUGUCUGAGCUCUAUAGGAAUUCUGGGAGCAGCUUUAGAGGGCUAAUUUCCUUGCGAGGAGAGAUAGCAGCGACCCCUUGCAUUGACAUUGGAAUGGGCGAAUUUGUCAGUUUCACUUUCUCCUCGUUUUCCCAAUCUUCGGAUCAUCUCUGCAUCAUUUUCUGAUUUUUUUAAGCCUUCUUGCAAAUUCAUCUGCACACAUUUUUCUCCCAGCGUACACAUUUUUGCACACCAUCUCGCCUCAUAUAAUGCAUUUUGGUUUGCUCGUCCACCGAUAUAUGCAUUUGGGUGCACAUUUUCCCCUAAUAUACACAUUCUCGUACACAUUUUUUGUUUUGUUUAGAGGACUACUUUGCCAAAUUCAGAGGAACACAAAUUUCAAAGCAUCGCUGCGUUUUGGUUCAUGGAUUCUUGUGUGUAGGGUGAAUGUGUGCCUCCACAUGCCAAUCAUACUGAAUCCACACACCCCCAUGACAUCAGUUGAUUAACACAAAGACAGAUAGAGGGAGUGAGGAACAGGAAGGCAGAGCUACACUAAAGCAGAAUCAACACACACGCACCCAAACAAGAGACCAUUAUUUUCCUCAAGGCUGUUCCUUCCCAGUUAGCUCCAAUACUCUGAAGUCUGCUUUUCUUGCAAAAACUUUUUUUUUUCGGGCCUCCUUGCCCCUUUGCAGGAGAUUAUUAACCUGCACGCUGGGUUGUAGAAACAUCAGCUGACCGUCAACGUCCAUUAAGCAGCAACUACCGAGAGCCAUUAAGCAAGAUUAAACUUAAAAGAGAAAUGGCCAAUUCUCCCCUGUCCAUAAUAGACCGAUAAAGCUAUAGGGAUGCCCACACAAUCUUCAUAGCAUGAUUGUGGACACACAGAAUGUAUGCAGCACAGCCUUAUGGUCAGCUGCCGAGAAGCAUCUUUGCCACAGCAGUCCUCCAGAAACCUCGCCAGAAGGCCAACUGAUGGAGAGGACAGGGGAAUGUUGCUGUGAAAAUCACCUUGGAACACAGAGAAGUUCUGUCCCUGACUGCUGGAGUGAAACCUUCGGCUGGACCAAGUGGAAGGUGCCGGUCUGCUGACUGUGCCCCUCAGGUAUGCAUCUGCUAGCUAAAGAGGUGAGACGGAUCUGAAGACUUUGCAAACUCCUGGACAAGCGCCACCAGCUGAUUCUAGCCCUGUGAACAGAGGAGGCUGCUCUUGAGGUCUGGGCAUCUGCUUGCUUCAUAAAUUAUUUGUUGAUAGGACCACAACCCAAAGACAGGUGGGUUGGAAAACAGUGUUAGAAGAGCAUAGAAGAACAAAAUAAAAAAUGCUGGGGCAAGCUAAGAACACCCAGUGCUUUAUAUAACCUGAUCUUUUGACUCAGUGGCUUGUAUAUAUUGUACCAAAUAAA